CACUCACGCAGCGAUUUCAGACACUUAGACCAGUGUUUCGUCACACAGGCUUUAUCAGCGCUUUUAUUGCCACAGGUUAUCCCAUUGUGUCUCUCUUUGUCUGGGCUGAAUCUCCACCGUCCGCUCUGGGACUUGGCUUGGCUCUACCGUCUCUGUCUCUCAACCCCUCCCCCCUACAGCACCCAGAGGGUGGGACAGACUUCUUGCUGACCCACAAUGUUUCUGGUUCUUGUUGUGACGCCGGAACUAAGGGAGUUCUUGGCCAGAGCAAGGGGUGGAGCUGUCCGCCUCAUCCAGGUGCGGAUCCAGGACGAACAGCUGGUGCUUGGGGCAUUCAGAGAGCCGACACAGAGCUGGGACCAGGACUAUGACCACUUCCUACUUCCUCUGCUGGACGACCAGGAGCCUUGCUACAUUUUGUACCGCCUCGACUCCCAGAAUGCCCAGGGAUACGAGUGGAUCUUCAUCUCCUGGUCUCCUGACCAAUCUCCAGUGAGACAGAAGAUGCUGUACGCUGCCACCCGUGCCACAGUGAAGAAAGAGUUUGGUGGUGGUCAUGUGAAGGAUGAGAUGUUUGGCACAGUGGAGGAGGACAUCUGUCUCGAGGGCUACCAGCGUCACGUGUCCUCCAGCUCCGGCCCUGCCCCACUCACAGCUGCUGAACAGGAGCUGCGGAGAAUCAAAAUCAACGAGGGAAGGGUUAAGCAGGUGAAAACAGAGACCAGUGUGGAGAGUAAGCACCAAACACUGCAGGGCCUUGCUUUCCCACUGCAGGAGGAAGCCAAACAGGCUCUACAACAACUCGCACAGAAAGGCAUCAACUACAUACAGCUGAAGUUGGACACAGAGAAAGAGACUAUAGAGCUGGUCCAUUCCGACCCGACAGAGACCCGUGAGCUGCCUUGCAGGGUUCCCACGGAUACGCCCAGAUAUCACUUCUUCCUCUAUAAACACUCUCAUGAAGGGGACUACCUGGAAUCUGUUGUGUUCAUCUACUCCAUGCCAGGGUACAGCUGUAGCAUUAAGGAGCGGAUGCUGUACUCCAGUUGUAAGAGUCGACUGCUGGAUGAGGUGGAGAAGGAUUACCAUCUGGAGGUGGCCAAGAAGAUGGAGAUUGACAGUGGGGGUGAGUUGACAGAGGAGUUCCUGUAUGAUGAGGUCCAUCCUAAGCAGCAGGCCUUCAAGCAGGCCUUCGCCAAGCCUCGUGGCCCAGCAGGGAAGAGAGGCAACAAACGUCUCAUCAAGGGCCCAGCGACUAGGGAGAGCAGGCCGGAAAGCUAGAGAGAGGGACAGAGCUUGGUCGUCUCGGCAGCCCUUCCCUGAAUCCUCCUCCUGUUGCC